AUGACGAGAUCUAUUUGUGUACCACGGCUCUGCGGACUUUGUCGCUUUGAACUCCACCUUGGAGAUGACAUAGUAGCAGGCAAGUCUUCCACACCCUUUUCAGUCCCAGUCCUCUGA